CUCUGCCUUCCUCACCUAAAAUCACCUUUUGCUUUCUUCACACUCACACACAUUCAUUCCAAUCUCAUCACCCAACACUCAACACUGCAUUAUUCUUACUAUUCCCUUUCGUUUAACCCUUCUCGAUAUCAUCAUUUACCACUACUUCCUCUUUGCUUUCAUGCUUUUCUUAUAUUCCGAUUCUCGUUAGAUUAGGGUUUCCCCGCGUCACCGUUUCUCACCAUGUCGCCGGCGGCGCCCCAAGCUGCCGACUACUCAUUCGCCGUCGAGUACGACGGCCCGCCGCUAACCUACGACCUUCCUCGGGCGGUGCCCAUCAGUGUCGACAGCAUUCCGGUGGCUGCCGUCGUUUCCCAGGUUCCUCUCUCCGACGCUCUCUCAUUGCCGGUUGUGCAGCCGCUUCUGCCACCGCCGCAGCCCCCUCUCAGAACCCUUGGCUCCGAACUUAGGGGUUCCAAGUUAGCGUCCGAAACGACGGUCUCUCCCACCUCCGUGAUCGCAUUCGAGCACCGAGCUUCCGAGAGCAACGUCGGGGAGCUUUCCGGCGAGCUGAGCAGCUCCGGCGCGUUUGAGUUCUCCACCGGGAACGACGGCUCCGGUGACUUGUCGGAUUUGGGCGAAAGUUCGAGAGUGCUUGAGGAAACUAGAAGCUCUAGUACCGCUGAGUUUUGGGACAAAUCAGGGAGAAGUUCUGGCGUGCUGAGGGCUUUGGAUGGAAAAGAGAGUUUGGAUUUCAACGAGUUGAAUCAGCAAGAUUGGGCAUCCACCGAGUCAGUGUUGAGUUUGGAGUAUCCGUCAACUCGGGUUUCUUCGCUGAAGGCUGAGGAUAUCGAUUCCAAGCGCCCCCCGGUUGUUAAGUUUGAUGUGGACUCUGAUGACGAUGCCUUGGAUGAGGAGUUUGAUGUGGAGGAAACUGUGAGUAAACCUGUUAAAAGGGCGCCUCUCACGAAGGGGAAGAAAGGGUCUUGUUAUAGGUGCUUCAAGGGGACUAGGUUUACUGAGAAAGAAGUUUGUCUUGUUUGUGAUGCGAAAUAUUGUAGUAAUUGCGUGCUCAGAGCUAUGGGGUCUAUGCCCGAGGGGAGGAAAUGUGUGACUUGCAUUGGAUUCCCGAUUGAUGAGACCAAACGAGGAAGUCUGGGGAAGUGCUCUCGGAUGCUCAAGCGAUUGCUUAACGAAUUGGAAGUUCGGCAAAUAAUGAAAGCGGAGAGAUUUUGUGAAGCCAAUCAGCUUCCACCUGAGUAUGUUUGCGUCAAUGGCCAGCCGCUUUCUUAUGAGGAACUGGUUACGUUGCAGAACUGCCCGAACCCUCCCAAGAAGCUGAAGCCGGGAAAUUAUUGGUAUGAUAAAGUAUCUGGUCUUUGGGGGAAGGAGGGACAGAAGCCUUCCAGAAUUAUAAGUCCACAUCUUAAUGUUGGAGGCCCCAUCCAACCGGAUGCUAGUAAUGGAAACACUCAGGUUUUCAUCAAUGGUCGGGAAAUAACAAAAGUUGAGCUUCGAAUGUUGCAGUUGGCAGGAGUUCAGUGUGCUGGCAACCCACAUUUUUGGGUCAAUGAGGAUGGUUCCUACCAAGAAGAGGGGCAGAGGAACACUAGAGGUUAUAUAUGGGGCAAGGCUGGAACGAAGCUUGUAUGUGCUUUCCUGUCUUUGCCAGUUCCUUCUAAAUCUUCAAAUUCUUUGGGAGAACAACCUUUCAGCCUAGCUAGCAGAACAAUUCCUGAUUACCUGGAGCAUGGGGUGCUUCAGAAGCUUCUCUUGGUCGGUUGUAGUGGAUCUGGAACGAGCACUAUUUUUAAGCAGGCAAAAAUUUUAUACAAAAGCGUCCCAUUCUCGGAAGAUGAGCAUGAAAACAUAAAGUUGACCAUUCAGAGCAAUGUUUAUGCCUACCUUGGCAUACUGCUUGAGGGGCGGGAGCGUUUUGAAGAUGAAAGUUUGGGGGAUUUGAAAAAAAGACAGUCAUCCGUACUUGACAGCACAGGAAGUAGUCUAAAACAUGAUGACAAGACUGUAUAUUCCAUUGGCCCAAGAUUGAAAGCGUUCUCUGAUUGGUUACUGAAAACUAUGGUAUCUGGCAAACUUGAUGCUAUCUUUCCAGCUGCUACUCGUGAGUAUGCACCACUGAUUGAGGAAUUAUGGAAUGAUGCUGCAAUUAAGGCCUCAUAUGAAAGAAGAAGCGAAUUGGAAAUGCUGCCUAGUGUUGCUAGUUAUUUCUUAGAGCGGGCUGUUAAAAUAUUAAGGACGGACUAUGAACCCUCAGAUUUAGAUAUCCUUUAUGCAGAGGGAGUUACUUCAUCUAAUGGGGUGGCCUGUGCGGAGUUUUCAUUUCCCCAAUCAGAUUCCGAGGAAACCGUAGACACUACCGAUCUCUAUGAUUCUUUUGUUAGGUAUCAACUAAUUAGAGUACAUGCAAGGGGCCUAGGAGAAAAUUGCAAGUGGCUAGAGAUGUUUGAGGAUGUUGAAAUGGUUAUCUUCUGUGUUUCCUUGAGUGACUACGAUCAGGUUUAUGUCGAUGGGAAUGGUUGUCCCUCUAACAAGAUGAUAUUGAGCAAGAAGUUUUUUGAAACCAUUGUCACUCAUCCAACCUUUGAGCAAAUGGACUUCUUGUUGAUAUUAAACAAAUUUGAUCUGUUUGAGGAGAAAAUCGAACAAGUUCCUUUGACCAAGUGUGAAUGGUUCUCUGAUUUCCAUCCAAUAAUCAGUCGCAACCGUCCCAACAGCAAUAGCAACAGCAUUAAUAGUAAUCCCUCCCUUGGUCAGUUGGCUUCCCAUUACAUAGCAGUUAAGUUUAAAAGGCUUUACUCAUCUCUUACCGGAAGAAAGUUGUAUGUGUCCCUGGUGAAGGGGUUGGAGCCUGGUAGUGUGGAUGCGGCGCUUAAAUACGCCAAGGAGAUUUUGAAGUGGAACGAAGAGAGACCAAACUUUAGCUUGAGUGAAUAUUCAAUGUAUAGCACGGAGGCGAGUUCAUUCUCUCAUUGAUUGCUGAUUCAGGCAAGCGUUGUUAGCAUACUUGUGUAAGGCUUGACAUCAGUUCGUGUACAUAUUACUAACUAGGAGUAAAAUGGAUCGUUCCUUGUACUAGCUAUCUCCACUUGUAAGAUUCAGUAGAUGUUAAACAUGUAGGUAAGGUUUCCAGCAAUUAGAGAGUGUGCUGGUGAGUCAGUCAGCACAUACCACAGAUCAAUAUGUAAUUUUCAAAUUCAUUUUUUUUUUCAUAUGGUUAGGUAAAAUCUUCAUGAUAGAAUUUUUAUAUCACAUUUUGUCAGUCUGUCAA